AUGCUACAAACCCCAGCAGCAGCAGCAGCAGCAGCAGCAGCAGCAGCAGCAGCGGUGGUGGUGUUGAAUCAGAGCCAAGGAGCAGGAGCAGCAGCAGGAGCAGCAGCAGCAGGAGAGACAGGCCCGCCUGUGCUGCAGGCGGAGCUGACAGACCUGCAGAUGCAGCUAACAGCAGACCUAGCUACUGGGCGGUGUGGGGCCGUUGCUGAGCUGCAUCAGGUUCUCGUGUCUGACCCCUCCACCGACUCCCCACUCUUCUUGUCUUUACAAAACACCAUCACCCCAGCAGACAGUAUUGAGCUGAAUACGACGCGCAGCAGCAACAGCACUAGCAGCAGCAACAGCAGCAGCAGCUUUGGGCGCAGCGGGAGUUUGCCGCUGCGCAGCACCACGUCUCUGGGGUGUGCAACAGAAGAAGAAGAAUUUCAUGAUGCUGUAGAAGACAUGGAGAAGAGUCUGCGUGUUGAGCUGGAGGUGCUGCUAGGCAAGUGCAGCACAGCAGCAGCGCGGCGUGCGUCGUCAGCAGCAGCAGCAGCAGCAGCUGCUGCUGCUGCAGCAGCAGCAGAGGCGGAUGCUGCAGCAGCAGCAGCAGUUGCUGCAGCAGCUGCUGCUGCUGCUGCUUCUCCCAAAGCAACACUCGCUAUCACCUCGCUGCCGGUCGAGCUGCACUGGCGGCAGCAGAGCCUGCGGCGUAUACUACAGACCCUGGAGUUGUAUAGGGAUACGAUUAGGGGGCGGGUGCAGCAGCAUUUGUAUGAGCUUUCAGAAGCAUCUGCUGCUGCUGUGGGGCCCCGGGGCCUCCUAUCAAAGGAGACAGUUGCUGCAGUGCAUGAUACUCUCCAGACAGUGCAGCAAACUCUCUCCUUCGGUGCAGACGGAGACAGUUGCACUCAGGCAGCAGCAGACCUCCAACGCAGCAGCAGCAGCAGCAGCAGCAACAGCAGCAGCAGCAACGGCAGCAUCAGCAGCAACAAAAGCCGAUCAAACAGCAGCAUUGCACAGACACUGCGCGGAAACCCCACAGAAAGAGACUGGCUAAAGACAGGCCUCGAUAUGGGGGGGGUCCUCCCCCCCCUUGCUAUCCACCGCUGCUGCGCUGCAGCAUGGAAGGCCUCUAGGGACGGAGCUGCUGCUGCUGCUGCUGCUGCAGGGGGAGCAGCAGCGGACGGAGCAGGUGCAGCUGCAGGAGAAAUGCAACCACCGCCUGCUCCUUCAUCGCAGCAGCAUGUGGAACAACAGCAGCAAGAGCAGCAUCAGCAGCAGCAGCAAGUGGAUGAUAUGCAGCAAUUACUGCAGCAGCAGCAGCAGCUAUUGCUGCCUGAUGUGGGUGUUGAGCUGCGUUUAACAUUUCGUGAAUUUGCAAUAACUUUCUGGGAAUCUAAAAAUGUUGUAUUGGGGAGAAUGGCACUGAAGGAGCUGAAAGCAUGUAGUUGUUUUUACUCAAACGGAGACACCGAAACUUCUUUUUCUAUUGGCGAUGGUGCGCAACGCAUACGUAGCAGCAGCAGCAACGCAUCCUCCUCAUCAGCAGCAGCAGCAGCAGCAGACGCAUACGUAGCAGCAGCAGCAACGCAUCCUCCUCAUCAGCAGCAGCAGCAGCAGCAGCAGCAGCAGCAAGAGCAGGAUGUGGAAGUUCUUGUAUCCUCUCUGUUGCGUCCUCCUUCUUUCGGUGAGAGUACAUUUGUCUCGAUGCUGAGCGGGAGCGAGUGUCUACGCGCAGCAACAGCAACAGCAGCAGCAGAAACAGCAACAGCAGCAGCAGCAGCAGCAGAAGGAGAGGGGUUUGAGGAGGAGGUGAUUUGUUCUGAUUUGCUGCUGGAGAUGAGGGGCAUGCAGAUAGGGGCCAGCGACAACACGCAGCAAGCAGCAGCAGGAGGUUCUUUGCUUGAGAGCGUAGAAGCUCACAUGCUGCUGCGCAGCGCCCCUUCUUCUCUUUCUAUAAAAGCAGAGACAACGGCGUGGCUGCUGCAUCUCUCGCGGCAGCAGCUCACCUUGGUCUUAGACGUAAUCAACGAAAACAUAGGCGGACACGGUUACACUCCAGCAGCAGCAGCAGCAGCAACACCAGCAACAGCAGCAGCAGCAGCAGCAGCAGGAGGAGGAGGAGGAGUAGACAGCAGCGCGGGGGCAUGCAUAGAUGAAGCUGCGCUGCGUCGAGAGCUCGCGGCGCCGCCCCUCUCUGUUGACUGUCUCAUAACAAUCCCGCAGCUGACGCUGGAGGCUUCGUAUGGGGGAGAAGCUCCUCUGGCUCUGCUGUCGCUGCAGUGUAUAACAGCAAAAGUUGCUGCUUCUGUAUCUAAGCUGCUGUCAUGCUAUCGCUUUCUUCUUGCUGCUGAAGAAUUCAGCAUCGAUGAUCUACGCACACACAGCGCCAACUACUUCAAGCGCGUCGCGCACUGCACUGCGCCUGCAACAGACACCAGCAGCACCAGCACCACCAGCACCAGCAGCAGCAGCAGCAGCAGCAGCAGCAGAGGAGGAGGAGAAGGAGGAGGAGAGG